CCUGGGUUAAAGAGAAGCUCUCUCAGCCCUGACACGGUUUUUUUCUUUUCCUGCCAGAGAGCGGGUUGUUCUCAGGAUGGCAGCAGCUUCGACAGAUUCAGGGCAAGGGUCCACCAAGAUAACUCCCGAAGCGUUUCAGGAGAUGCUCGAGCACUACAACCUGAGCCGCCAAGAGUUUAUCAACACUUACAACAUCCAGCCGCUCGUCUACAUCCCCGUGUUACCGUACAGCGCCAAGUGCACCUUCGUGAUCAUGUACAUGCUUAUUUUCGUCCUGGCUCUGGCUGGAAAUAGUUUGGUCAUCUACAUAGUUUUGAAGAAACGCGCGGUACAGACGGCGACCGAUAUUUUUAUUUGCUCUCUGGCGGUCAGUGACCUGCUCAUCACUUUCUUCUGCAUACCUUUCACUCUGCUGCAAAACAUCACGUCCGAGUGGUUCGGAGGGGUUUUGGUUUGCAAGACAGUUCCCUUUGUGCAGACUACAGCCAUAGUGACGGGCAUCCUCACAAUGACCUGCAUUGCCAUUGAGAGAUACCAGGGCAUUGUCUUCCCACUGAAAAUGAGGAGGCAGUACUCGUCGAAAAGAGCGUACAAUAUGCUAGGGCUGGUAUGGAUUGCCUCAGUGAUCGUGGGUUCACCAAUGCUGUUUGUGCAACAGCUAGAGGUGAAGUACGACUUCCUGUAUGAUCACUACCACGUGUGUUGUCAGGAGAGUUGGCGCUCUCUCACUCACAGGCAGGUGUACACCACCUUCAUCAUGGUGGCUCUUUUCCUGAUCCCCCUGGCAGCCAUGCUUUUGCUGUACACACGCAUCGCCAUUGAGUUGUGGAUCCGCAAGAGGGUGGGCGACUCCUCGGUCCUCAACACCAUGAACCACAGGGAGAUCAGUAAGAUCUCAAGGAAAAAGAAAAGAGCUGCUAAAAUGAUGAUCACCAUCGUUCUGCUCUUCACCAUUUGCUGGGCACCGUUCCACACAGUCCACAUGCUGUUUGAGUACUAUGACCUGGAAAAGAAAUAUAACGGAGUCACAUUAAACAUGAUCAUCGCCGUUGUUCAGGCCAUCGGGUUCUUCAACAGCUUCAACAAUCCAAUUGUGUACGCCUUCAUGAACGAGAACUUCAAGAAGAGCUGCGUCUCCACCCUCUCCCACUGCAUACAUAAGCCUAACCAGCAAGGCGGCGCCGUGGUGAUGCCGAAACUGACCGUGCAGUACAUCAAACCUCAAAGCAGAGAAGCCUUCCUGGGAUCAGAUGAAGGCAACAGAUUGAACCAGCACUCGGCAGAGAAAGGACCUUCAAGUUCGCUCCACGGAGAGAGCUUGUUAGGAAUAAUAGGAGAAAAAAUCUCCACCAUACAAACAGAGCUCCCUACAAACAGCUCCUCUCAAGUCAAAUGACAACCGGCUCAAAGUUGAGGUGUUUAGCCGUUGAACUCGCCCCGACCUUUGGCUGUCAGUCAACAGCUGCAGGUGCAUCAGAUGUGAUUUUAAAUCUCACAGUUGUGGUUCAAAGACCCAAAAUAUCUCUCUGCAGUGCCAGAGGCCAGAGCGUAUUCUUCAUUCUGGUCAGGACAACAGUAGAAAGGAAAUGAAGGAAUACCAAAAAGGGGCAGUUUUGCUGCACUUGGGGCAAUCAGGACCAGGGUUCAGACAGUGAAACACCUUUUUAUUUUUACCUGAAUAGAGAAAUCAGUUCUGUUGAGAUGUCUCUGAUAUCUGCAGGACAUAAAGCCUCUCUCAGUCAGCAUUUUAUGAUUUGUUCAUGGAACCAUGUUCAAUUCCAUCCCAAAUAAUCAGAAACUGUUACCACGGUGGUGUUAUGAUAGACUGAGAACUGUUCGGAAAAGAACAUAGAGGACACUGAUUUUAACAGGAUUAAUUAAUUGGAUCCACUGAUGGGAGUUGUGGCAUUAUACACACACACACAC